AUGGUUACAGCUGUCAAGUAUUCGCCCUUGCGCGCCACGUACGGCGUGCGGAGUGACCAGUAUCUGGAGGACUACGACGAUUACCGGCACUACCAUGGGAAGUUGAACGCAAAACUGAUGAGUCUGCGGCGCCGACUCCAGCUCACCACCAGAGACACGCGGAGAUACUCGGCAAAAGAGAAAUACUCGAAGGUAGGGGCUGCAGAAUACCAGCGGAACCGUCUACAUGGGCUGGCGAUGCUGCUGCAUGCGGAGCGGGACAUUGCGUAUGCGGAGACGCUGAAGCUACGGGCGCGGGAGCGUGGCUGGCUGAAGAAGUCCGAGCGGCGGCUGCUCACGACGAGGCUGAAGAAGGCGUGGCGCACGGCGGGGAAGCUGCUGGAGAUGACGGCGGACGAAGGGCGGUGGGUCGUUCGGGCUGAGCUGCUGGUCUACGAAAAGCUGGCGCGUGUAGAGUACCUGGUACACGGGAAGCAUAGCCGCAGAAAGGACUCAGACCGGAUCGCACAGGAACUGGCACUUUCAGUGGCUGCUCUGGAGUACCUGUGUACAGAGGGCGAAGUUGCAGCGGAGACAGUCGCGACGAUAAACGGCCGUUUUGACUACAUGCUGAGACAGCAUGCGCAAUGCUUUUCAUCCGCAGAGCUACAGGCCUUCACAGCGAAGGUAGUUAAUACACGCAAAGACGACCCGCUUCUUGUGCUGUUGCUAGCCCAUGGGUACGAGCUACCCGUCGAGGGUGCUGCGGCUGCAGACGGCGGGCUGCAGACAGAGGUGAAGUGGAGAUCCUAUAACGCGCAAAUACACGAGCCCAACGUGGCGCGCUUGUUGAACGAAAUCAAAACCCAGGAUGCGACCCAAGUUUCAGAGCACGACGACCCCGUACUGAAGUGGAACGCGGCAAUUGAUGCCCAGAGGCAGUCAAUGGAGCGCAGACAGGAGGAAGGUGUGCACUAUGAGGGAGAGGACGACCAGAUAUUGCUCACAUACCUCCAAUUCAACUACUUGUGCGCGACGAUGGGCCGCGAUGUUGCGCUGUUGCAACCUCUGUGGGUCGAAUGGCAAGAAGGCCGCAGGACCGCUCGCUUCACGAAGUACAAGCAGCUGAACCACGUCAUCAACAACAUAAUCACCCAUGCAGAGGAGGCUAUGGGUCUACCCGGUGUCUACUCAGACGAUGAGCUCACUGCAUAUCUGAAGCUUGUCAAGGUGUUUUACCGUGCGCAGCUUGUAGGCCGCGGGCUCGCUCCCCUUUACCAAGAGGAAGGCAAGCAUCAGGAGGCACUGGCUCUAUAUGCCGGUUCUAUGCAGAAUCUGAGAACUGCCAUGUCCGCUAUGCCCCGCGACACCGCUUUCGAUCCGUUCAACAUCCUAGAUAAUGUUUCAGAGCUCCAGAAGGCACUCGAAUCUAGUUGCCGAAGCGUCGCAGCGUUGGCAGAAUACACUGGUAACUCUUCGCGGCCCGCCCAACAGUAUGAAUUGUCUUUGCUGGAGAAGAUGAAUACUAAUACCUUCAUCGACUACGCAAACAUUUACACGGGGAACUUGUUCCCGCUACGUCCGCGGGUGAUGCCGGUCAGCGCCAAACCUACUUUAUUCGAUCUAGCCUUCAACUAUAUUGGAUGCGAAUCUUCCGCUGUGCCGCCCGAACAGACUUCGGCUGCGGUCACUCCGGCUGCAGAGACCGAACAACCGCGGAAAAGAGGCAUCUUUGGGAUCUUCCGUUAA